UUGGGGGUGGGGCCAAGCGCGACUGAGUGGGCACUGGGGCCCGGCGGCCCCCUCUCGAGCCUCUCAAGCUUCUCCUCGGUUCCCGCCUUUCCCGGGAGCCGCAAGGACUAAGAGUUGAAGAGCCAGGGGCCCGCCGACCUCGAGGGCCGCGCUGGCCGCGCGCUUAGGGUCGGGUGUUCUCCCGCGGUGGAGAUCGCCCCUGAGACCGCCGCCCGGCAGCCGACUCGAGGAUUUGUAGGGUCUUGUCCAGUAGCUGGAACAGGAAUCGGUUAUGUUCAAGCCCUCAGCGACCCCAGGCCCUGAAUCAGGGACACGGAUCUGGGACUUCUCUUGGCAUCCACCGGAUUAGAAUCCACUGGCAGGGUGUAGACUUUCCCAAGAGAGAAUAAAAAUGUUUCCUCAAAUUUAGCCACAGGAGUCCUCAAGUAAUAGUCCACCAACUGAUGAACAGCUGUUAGUGGUGGUAGGAGGGAAGAAAGAGGCGACCUCCACAGCAGCCGGCUUCUCUCGGACAGUGUUCUGCCGCGGGCAGGAUGUCACGUUGCCCACAGUUCACUCCACUUCCCAGGAGGGAGGCGAUUCCAUUUUCGGAAAAGUGCUGUCUGCUUAAGGAUGCCGCUGUCCUGUACAGCUGACUGACUUAUCCACUUGAUGAAGCAUGUCUGUAAAUGUUUUGUUCAUGGAAUUGCUGGCCAUGUGUAAUCUAGAACUAAGUUCUCAUUCAACAGUUUGGCUUUUAUAAUCCUGCUUACCAACCACGGGCCAGGGAGGCUUGGCCGGCGAUGAACUUAAAAUUUACAAAUAAGGACUUCCCUGGUGGCGCAGUGGCUAAGAAUCCACCUGCCAAAGCAGGGGAAACGGGUUCGAGCCCUGGUCCAGGAAGAUCCCACAUGCCAUGGAGCAGCUAAGCCCAUGCGCCACAACUACUGAGCCUGAGCUCUAGAGCCAGCGAGCCAUAACUACUGACCCCACGUGCCACAACUACUGAAGCCGGCACUUCUAGAGCCCGUGCUCCAAAACAAGAAGCCACCGCAAUGAGAAGCCAGUGCACCACAAGGAAAAGCAGCCCCCGCUCGCGGCAACUAGAGAAAGCUCGCGUGCAGCGAUGAAGACCCAAUGCAGCCAAAAAUAAACAAUUUAUUUUAAAAAAUUUACAAAUAUACCUCGGUUUUAUCAGCCUGGGUACUGCAUAGACUGGUUCUGUACGAUGGGCAAACGGAGGCCCCCAGGCUGCAGCCAGAUGACAGAGCUUUGCACUACAUGAAGAGGCUCUAUAAGGCAUGUGCUACCAAGGAGGGGAUCCCGAAAUCCAACAGAAGUCACCUCUACAACACUGUUCGGCUCUUCACUCCCUGUGCCCAGCACAAGCAGGCUCCUGGGGACCAGGUGACAGGUACCCUUCCAUCAUCAGUGGACCUGCUGUUUAACCUGGAUCGUGUUACUGCUGUUGAACAUUUACUCAAGUCAGUCUUGCUAUACACUUUCAACAACUCCGUUUCUUUUCCCUGUCCUGUUAAAUGUGUGUGCAACCUGGUGAUAAAAGAGCCAGAGUUUUCUAGCAAGACUCUCCCAAGAGUUCCAUACUCAUUUACCUUUCACUCACAGUUUGAACUUAGAAAGAAAUACAGAUGGAUUGAGAUUGAUGUAACAGCUCUCCUUCAGCCUCUAGUGGCCUCCAACAAGAGGAGUAUUCACAUGUCUGUAAACGUUACGUGUGUGAAAGACCAGCUGCAGAAUCCUUCAGUGCAGGACAGUCCACUUAACAUGACUCUUCUGGUAGCCCCCUCACUGCUUUUAUAUCUGAAUGACACAAGUGCUCAGGCUUAUCACAGGUGGUAUUCCCUCCACUAUAAAAUGAGGCCUUCACAGGGUCCUGACCAGAAGAGAGAGCUGUCUGUCUAUCCCAUGGGAGAAGAGGCUGCUGAGGGUGUAAGAUCGUCCCGUCACCGGAGAGAUCAGGAAACUGUCGGCUCUGAAUUGAAGAAGCCUCUGGUUCCAGCUUCAUUCAAUCUGAGUGAAUACUUCAAACAGUUUCUUUUUCCCCAAAAUGAGUGUGAGCUCCAUGACUUUAGACUCAGCUUUAGUCAGCUGAAGUGGGACAACUGGAUUGUGGCUCCACACAAAUACAACCCUCGAUACUGUAAAGGGGAUUGUCCCAGGGCGGUCGGACAUCGGUAUGGCUCUCCGGUUCACACCAUGGUGCAGAACAUCAUCCAUGAGAAGCUCGAUUCCUCAGUGCCGAGACCAUCCUGUGUACCUGCCAAGUACAGCCCUUUGAGUGUUUUGGCAAUUGAGCCUGAUGGCUCAAUCGCUUAUAAAGAAUAUGAAGAUAUGAUAGCCACUAAGUGCACCUGUCGUUAACAUAGGCUCCUCUCAAGUAAAACCGUGAGUCUCCUGGCCAAAGUAAAUGCCAUGCGCCUGUCUGUGCCUUUGGGAGAAAGUUUCAUGUAUCAAAUCUCUAAAUGUAAUGCAGUGUGUUGUGUAAGGAGGAGCCUGUGUAGAUUAGCACAUUCUGUGGCAUCUAUCACGGUAAAGGGAUAACAGCUGCCUUUCUCAUUUCCAAAUGUAAAUGAAAUGUACUUCUUUUGGAAAGCUUUAAAUUUUUUUCCCCUGAGUGAUUAUUUUUUUCUGUUGUAGGAGUCUUGUUUUUGAUGUAAGAAAAAAAAGCUUAAUUAGCAUAAAUCUUGGAUGGAACUGCAGCUCUAAAUAGACAAUUCAGAUUGCUAUAGUCUUAUUUAAUGGAACAAUAAAUUCCUGUGAGUGGCAAA